AUGUUCAAUUUGAUCUCUCUUCCAUAUGAAGUCUUAUCCAAUAUCAUAGCGAACGUCGAAUUUGACGAUGUAUUCAACCUAGGCCUUUCCUGCCAGGCGUUAAAAUACUUACUUACGGAGGAAAGUAUAUGCAAGUUGACAGUACAAACCAAGAUACCCUUCUGCAAUGAAGCCUUGUCAACGAAGCACGUCACUGGGAAUAGUGCAUUGGCUCUUCGAAGAGUUGCGAAGAGACGAGCAGCUUUUGCUACUGCUAAUCCGUACUCGGUAACGACGAUUGGUUUCGGGGAUGCCUAUCUUUAUUGCAAAGGUGUCUUGUGCUAUACACUUGAUGAUCAACUCAGGGUCUUAAGUCUUCAUGACUCAGCAUGCCGUGAGGUCGUCGUCAGUAUACCAGCGAUACUGAUUAGUGCCAUCUCAGAGAUUGCUCGCAAUACUGGAGGUGUGUUCCAAGUGCUGUAUUAUUCAGAUAGUAUAAUCUCGUGUCUGUACAAGACAUCAGGUCUGGAGGCGAAUUCGUGGCUCAUAGCUUUUAGCAUCAAAACGAGCGAUAUUCUUGUUGUAAGAGAACUGGACUCUACCGAAAGAAUAUUUGUUCGCCAUGAUAGCGAACACCUUUAUUAUGGUACACAUUCAGAAGUUGGCACGGACAAUCAUAAGAAAUGGGUCAUUUAUGGUUACUCUUUUACUCAACAUGAAUGGUUUGAUCAAAAAGUCCACCUUCCAGACAUGGUAGGGUCAGAAAUUGGAUCAACGAUCUGCUUCGAGUUUCACGAUGGUUAUUUCUACGCUCUUUCGAAUCAAACUUCAUUUGAGGUCGAGGAGAUAGACUGGACUUCAUUCUAUCAUUGCAUCAGAUUUCCUCUCGCGUCCCCUUACAAGGAGUUGAUCGAGAAAACAGAGAAUCAAAGUAUGUGGCGGCGUCAACAUGAAGAAGGCCCAAUUGAUGAUCGAUGGACCAGUCUUCGACUUGAUAGGGAUGAGAGUAACGGAGAACUCAGAAUCAUCGAGUCUCGAAGGGAGUGGUAUCGUGGAGCAAGUAGAAGUCAGCGUAGCUGCUAUACUACCCCUAUCGUUUUCUCUCCACAAUCACAUGAUAUGGAUGAUGAUAUCUAUUAUUCGGCUGGUGCAUCCUUCUCUUCAAAUGCUCAAUCAGGUCCAUCCUCAUUGAUGAAUACAGACUCGAGUACUUUAGAAAAUGACAGCAACUACGCUAAUCGUGAUCUGAGUGAUUAUCCCGUCGAUCCUAUUUUACGUCUCCUUCGGAAAGACGACAAUCCGCAUUAUAUGUCAUCACGAACAAGACUCCCCCAAUUCACUCAUCCUGGUUAUGAUGGAUCUUCCAAUUUGACAUUCACGCUCGCAAAAUCACGGAUUCGAUGUUACCACUCUUCUUCAUCUACAUUUCUCGACGUUGUGGAUGACCCCCUUCCAAUAGAUUGGCAGGGGAAACAACGACUACGCCUUCGCGCCGGAUCCCGAAGGGUCGGCCCACCCCUUGUCUACCCUCCCGAUCAUCCCUCAAAAGCCGGGUUAUUAUGUCCGGCACCAUCUGAUAUUGGGGACGCCCUAGAUCAAAUGUACAGACAAUCGGAUAUUACCUAUUGGCCCCCGGCGCAAGAUCCUGAAGUAGCAAAUGAAGCCUUGGACGAGCUGUACAGGUUGUUAAAUCCACCCACACACCUUGGUAAUGUGGAAGGUACCGCCGAUGAAAGAAGUCUAGUGUAUGUAACGGGGGGAUACGACAGUCCACAAGCGAUCAUCUUUGUGAGUUUUGAUCCGGCAAUCAAGUUGGAGGGGUUGAAGAGGUGGGGUGGUAUGACAAGCAAGGGGGUAGGUGAGGGGCCCCAUAUUGAUGGAAGGGCUACUGGUCACACAGAGGAUGUCAAUGCGAAUGCGGAGAUGAAGAUGAAAAGGGUAGCGUAUGCAGAUGAAAAUUCGAAUGGGCAAUAUCAGAAGAUACAUGCGGAUGCUCUGGAAGCAAAUAGGACAUUUGGAAUCGACCAAAAAGGAAAGGGCAAGGAAAAGGAAAAAUGCACAGAUAAAGAGGCGCUGUCCGGGGAUAUUGAUACGGGUGGCCAGGCGUAUGUCAAUAUGCAUGGAACAGCACAUCUUACUCCUAGCGCAGCAGCAGCAGUCUCCUCCCCAAUGUCAUCGUGGAUGUGGCACGAAAAAGCCAUGUAUCAAGAUAUCGGGCUAGGAUUCUAUUUUGGCAAAGACAGGGAAGCAGCAGUCGCGGUUAGGUAG